AAAUUAUUGUUGUUUAAUUUAAUUUCGUCCGUUGAUAAUUAACUUUAAUUACUAUUAUUUAGAGAGAUUUAUUCUCACUUUUGUUUUGCAGUGAAUAGAAAAGAAUCUUUGUCAACUUUAAGCUUCAUUUUGGUUUAUUCUUUUCUAGCCAAUUUUCGGCUUCCAUUGACUUGGCUUUACCUUCGCUAUCUUUACAUUUAAUUCAUUUUGUUUCUGAAUUGAUUAAUCAAUUUCUAUUAUAAUUGAUAAGUUUGAGUUUUGAGUGUUUUGUUUUUGUUAAUUUCGUUUUCUGAUUGUGCUUUACUUUACUUUUAUUAUUCAUCAGCUUCGCUUUGAUCUGAUUUCUUAUUCUAUUAUGGGUGAAUGAAUGAAUCUUUUCUCUCUUUCUCUCACUCUGUUUACAGUUUUCUGUUUACUGUUUUCUCUUUCUCUCUCUCUCUCUCUCUCUCUCUCUAUCUGUCUCUUUCUCUAUUUUAGAAUCAAUUCUAUCUCUCUUACCUCUCUCUCAUCUUACUCUUUCAUUUUCACCUUUACCGGCUUACCUGUUUCUAUAUGAAUUGUAAUUUCUUUCCAGUGUUUUUGGCCCUUUAAAUUCAAUCUCUACAAACCAAAAACCUUUCGAGAAUUUGAUUUGAAAAUUUCUCAAAAUUAACACAAGUAAAAGAAUCAACAACAACAACAACAACUCCAAAUGAAUAACUCAUCAUCUUCACCACCAACAGCAGUCAUUUCAUCCUCAUCAUCACCUCCAUUGUUAACAUCAUCUUCUAAUAACACAAAAACAAUAACUUCUACUAAUAAUACCGUAACUUCACCAUCACCAUCAUCAUCUUCAUCAGCAACAAAAACAACAACAGAUAAAACAUUAACACCGAAUUCACAGUCUACUAAUAAUCUUCCGGUUAAAAAAAAAUGUGCAAAAGAUUUUAAGUUUAUCGGUCUAAUUGGGGAAGGUUCAUUUUCCAUGGUGGCCUUGGCUGUUGAUAUAAACACCAAACAAAAGUAUGCAAUCAAAAUCUGUGAGAAAAGGCAACUUUUGAAAGAGAAAAAGGAUAAAGCAAUCAUGAGGGAGAAAGAUAUUCUAAAUCUAUUGGAUUUACAUUCAAGUCCCUAUUUCAUCAGAUUGCAUUUCUCUUUCCAAGACGCUUACCGGUUAUUUUUUGGACUCAGUUUUGCCAGAGGAGGAGAAUUGUUGACAUACAUCAAUAAAUUAUCUGGUUUCAACGAAGAAUGUACCAGAUUCUAUUCAGCUCAGAUUCUACUUGCCUUGGAGUAUCUCCACAAAUUGGGAAUAAUACACAGAGAUCUAAAGCCUGAGAAUUUACUUUUAAAUGAAAAACUACAUAUUCAGAUAACCGAUUUCGGAUCAGCUUUUUUAGGAAGCACGACAUCGAUUAAACCUUAUAACUGUGAUUCUAAUCAAAGGAAAAGGAUAACCUCAUCUCGAAGUAAAGAAGCAAUUAAAAAUGGACUAACCGAAUCAGAUAAAAAUGAUCCAGAAGAGGAGGAUGAAGCAGAAAAAAAAGAACAUGUUAAUGAUAAUGAUAAUGAUAAAGAGACUGAUGACAAUGAUGGUAUCGAAAACAAAGAAAUCUCUAAAGAUGAAAUAAACAGUUCAGAGGACGAGUCAAAGCGAUUGAAACAAUCGCGACGUGAACAAAAUGAUAAGCGUAACUCUCGGAGUAAUUCAUUUGUCGGUACAGCUCAAUAUGUAUCACCUGAAAUGCUUAAAUACAAAAAUGCAUUCACAAGCUCAGAUCUAUGGGCUUAUGGUUGUAUAAUUUAUCAAAUGUUAGUUGGUAAUCCACCAUUUAAUGAUGCAACAGAUUUCCUCAUCUUUCAAAAGAUACUUGCCGUUAAUUUAACUUUUCCAGAGGAUAAAAUUAAUCCACAAGCUAAAGAUUUAAUCCAAUCAUUACUCAUCGUUGAUCCAUGUGAACGUCUAGGAGCUUCAGAUGAUUUCACCCUUGGUUCAUAUCCAUCAAUAAGAGCUCAUCCUUUUUUUACUGAACUUUCUCAACCACCUAAAGUGAUAGUAACAAACAGAAUGCAAAAAUCACCACCAAUAUUGUCAUCAACCUCAACAACAACAAGAAAAACAACAACCACUUCAUCACCAUCACCUCCAACAACAACAACAACAACAACAAUAGGGAAAAUAAAGCCAACAAUGUCACCACCUCCACUCUCAUCUAACCACCAUGGAUCUGGUUUCUAUAGCCAAUCAACUUCAUAUCCACAAACAAGAUGGUCAACCUUAUAUCUUGAAGAAAGUCCAUUAACUAGAUAUCUAGAUAGAGAAGAUUAUCUAUUAGAAUCUAGAAUAUCUUGCCUAAACUACGACGAUAUCGAACCAGGUCUUCAUGAAGGUCUUUUAUUGGGCCUCGGUCUAUCAGACAAUCCAAAGAAAGUUGACCUUCCUUUCGAUAAGGUUGACUCAACACUAUCACCAUCUUCCUCCUCUGCCUCAUCCUCCCAAAAGACCGGUUACAAUAACAGUAUAUCAACAACAAGUAAUAGAAGUGAAAACAAUUACAGUUCAAGGAAUGAUGAUAAAAAUAGCUCAUCACAAAAAGAAAACUCUAGAUCCAAUUCUAAUCCAGAAAGAGUUAAAAAGAAAGGAUUAUUUGGAUUAAAAUGGUUUAAACAUUGAGAUUAACUCUUCUUAUACAUAAAAGCAAAACCUUUAAUAUUAUAAUUAUUGAUUAAUUAUUAUUAUUAUUACUACUAAACUACUAUCAUCAUCAUCGUGAUCAUCAUCUUCUUCCCCUCUAAAAAAAUUACCUUUCAAUUAAUUGCCUUCUCUCUCUCUCUCUCUCCAAACUCUUUCGAUUUCAUAAAUCAUGUUCUAUUAUUUAUCUUUCUCUUAAAAUUGUCCUAAACAAUAAGAUUUCCUACUCUUCCUUAACUAAUGCAAAGAAAAAAGAAACAAUUAAACAAAAUAUGAGCUUUUAAGCUCAAAAACUAAAA